CAUCACUCACAAAUAAACUAAAAAUCAUGAAAACUCCAUCUAUCUAUUCUCUUACUUUUGUAACACUUGCUGUCAUAUUGUUAUGCCCAUCGACAACCUUUGCCGAUAAACAUAAUGAUUUUCUAAAAUGCCUCAAACACGAAUUCCACAACUACUCCUCAAUUUCCAACCUUGUUUACACUCAAACUAACUCAUCUUUCACUACAAUCCUACAAUCAUCCAUAAAAAACCUAAGAUUCUCAACACCAACCACACCUAAACCGCAAGUGAUUAUAACCCCGGACCACGAGUCCCAAAUCCCGCCUCUCAUAUACUGUGCCAAACAGAGCGGAUUAGAGAUCAGAACCCGAAGUGGGGGCCACGACUAUGAAGGCUUAUCAUACGUGUCACAAGUCCCGUUCGUGAUCAUUGAUUUGAUCAAUCUCAGCGAAAUAACAGUCGACGUCGAGAAUAAAACCGCAUGGGUGGGGGGUGGCGCAACACUCGGUUCUUUAUACUACAGGAUCGCAGAGAAAAGCCCGGUCCUCGGGUUUCCCUCCGGCCUUUGCUCGUCCGUAGGAGUCGGUGGGCACAUCAGCGGAGGAGGCUACGGCCAACUGCUGAGGAAAUACGGCCUCGCAGGAGAUAACGUCAUCGAUGCAAGAAUAGUCAACGCCAACGGCAGAAUUCUCGACAGGGAGUCAAUGGGCGAGGAUCUGUUCUGGGCUAUCCGAGGAGGCGGAGCUGCUAGCUUCGGCGUUGUCGUCGCCUGGAAGGUACAGCUGGUGGAUGUUCCAGAAACAGUCACUAUCUUCAGAAAAAGGUGGACUCUGGAACAGAACGCGACUCAAAUCCUCCACCGCUGGCAAUACGUGGCGCCAGUGGUGGACCGGGAUUUGUUCAUCGGAGUCACCGCAAACAGGGUGAACACCACCGUUGUUGCCUCCUUCUUUUCUCUGUUUCUCGGCGGCGCCGACAGGCUAAUUUCCCUGAUGCAAGAGCAAUUCCCGGAGCUCGGGCUAGCGAGAGAAGACUGCGUCGAGACGAGAUGGAUCCAAGCCGCCGUCAGCUUCGCCGGUUACCCCGUCAACACGCCGCCGGAAGUUCUGCUAAACAGAAGCCAAGUUGCCACUGUGGAAUACCACAAAAUGAAAUCAAACUACGUUCAGACACCUGUCCCCGAAUCCGGCUUCGAAGGCGUGUGGAGAUAUCUGUACGAAGCGGAGCCGGUCGGGAAGGGAUACAUCAUCUUGAUUCCAUACGGCGGAAAAAUGGCGGAGAUUUCCGAAUCCGCCACUCCUUUUCCUCACAGAGCUGGAAACCUCUACUCAUUCAGUCACUAUAUCUCUUGGGGAGAAGGCGAGAAUUCGGAUUCGGAAAGCUACAUAAGCUGGUCGAGGAGCCUUUACGACUACCUGACCCCUUAUGUGUCGAGUUCCCCGAGGUCUUCGUAUCUCAACUACAGAGAUCUCGACCUCGGGGUCAACAACGUUGUCGGUGAGACGAGCUAUGCGCAAGCGAGUGUUUGGGGGAAGAAAUAUUUCAAGGAUAAUUUCGAUCGUCUUGUUAAGGUGAAAACGAUGGUGGAUCCGCGUAAUUUCUUCAGAAACGAGCAGAGCAUUAUCCCUAACAAGUCUAAGAGAAAUGGUCGCCUAUUUCAUGUUGACAAGUAGUGAUUGUGAUUGUUAUUUUAUUUUCUUUUCUUGCAAAAAAUAAUGAUGUUGAUUGUAUUUGUAUGUUCUUAAUGUUUUAAUAAACGGAACGGGCUUCGUAUA